UGCUGCUGCUGCUGCCUUGAACACACUUCCAGCAGGUGCUUUCAUUUGGAGAUCAGUUUGCAGUUGUGCUUUAGGCUGUGUGCAUAGGCUGUUGGAUUCUGCUCCAGGGAGUCUGGGAGGGCCCUAUUCCUAGCACUUACAGACAGACAUAAGCACAAGAGCAUUUUGUUUUGGAAAGGAAAUAUUUUCAUCUUGACACCAGAGCAUACCCUCAGUGGUGGCAGCUUUGUCAAAUUCUGUCAGAAGUUUAUCAUAUGACUCACUGUAUUGACCCCAAAUGGCAUUAACAGACGACUCCCUUACUCAAUUGGAUCAUACCAGAUUCCCUGGAUGGGAUGUGGACAAGACCAAAGCCAAUAUGAACAGUGUGGAGCAUACCAAUGUCCCCAGUCUGUACCUGUCCUGCUUUGACGUGCUACUCACACAGGACACUCACUGUGACAAAGUGUCAGAAGCAUCUCCGACCUCAGCAGCACCCAUGACUCUGCUGGAGCUGAGAGACGAGCCUGAACAGUGUCCUAUCAUUGACAGCCAGGAGCAGGGAUUGUCCCCCUGUGGCGUAGAGGAGCAGGAAGCAGAGCGCUCACUGGAGCAGGUGCAAAGCAUGGUGGUGGGUGAGGUGCUCAAAGACAUCGAAAUAGCCUGCAAACUUCUCAACAUUCCACCAGACCCCUUUGAGUGGAAUUCCAGUCAUGUUCAGAAGUGGCUGUUGUGGACGGAGCAUCUCUACAGGUUGCCUCAUGCCGGGAAAGUUUUUCAGGAGCUGUCAGGGAAAGACCUCUGCAGCAUGACUGAAGAGGAAUUUCGACAGCGAUCCCCCCACUGUGGAGACACACUACAUGCUCACUUGGAUAUCUGGAAGUCAGCUGCUUGGAUGAAAGAAAGAUGCACGGUGGAAGAUACCAAAGUGACUGCCGGGCUGUGGUCUGAGGCAGAUUCUUCAAGACAGCCAAUUCAUCUUUGGCAGUUUCUUAAGGAACUUCUUCUAAAACCUCACAACUAUGGAUGCUGUAUCCUCUGGUUAAAUAAAGAAAAAGGUAUUUUCAAAAUAGAAGACUCUGCUCACGUGGCCAGACUCUGGGGCCUCCGGAAGAACAGACCAGCCAUGAACUAUGACAAACUGAGCCGCUCUAUUCGCCAGUACUACAAGAAGGGCAUCAUCCGCAAACCAGAUGUGUCCCAGAGACUGGUGUACCAGUUUGUCCACCCAGUGUGAGGGACAAGGUACAACACGAAAGACUAUGAGGGAAGAGUGGGAUCAAGAGUGCACUGACCAACCUAAAUGUACAACAAAAUAUACUACUAAACAUUUCAAAUAGACCAAAGAUGAAGUACCACUGACUUAUACCGGGUUGUACCUGUGUUCAAAUAUUUUGUAAUGCUUUGGCUGAAUAUGUUUUUAAUCAUAGUUGUGAUAGAUGCAUUUCCACACUAAUCAAUUAAAACAUUGUGGAAAAGUGAAUAAUGUACUUCAAUGUAAUAUAAAUUGUGUAUUAAAGAUUUAAUACACACACAUUAAAAAGAUACUGUAGAUAUAAUGCAUCAAAUUAGUCCAACAAAAAUAUAUAUCUUAAAAUACAUUUUACUUAUGUGUUGACAAUGUACAAUGUACAGUUUUCACUUUAA